AUGAAGUUCACGGGCAUCAACUGGACCCUGGCUGUGGUCAUCACUUCUCUGUGGAGCAGCGGUGGAUCAGCCCACACAGAGUGUCACAUGAACCUCAGAGCCUUGUGCACGUUUGAGGGUAAGAACUAUGCUCUGGGUGAAACCUGGAUGGACAACAGCUGCAUGCAGUGCACCUGUCUGCACCCUGUGGGAGUGGGCUGCUGCGAGAUGGCUCAUCGGCCGGUGGACUUCCCUGCAUGGUGUGAGGUCCGGGUGGAGCCGCUCACAUGCAGAGUGUCUCUGGUUCAAACAGCAGAUCCACGUUUGCCCUGUGCCCCUGAAGAGCAGCAGGACCCCAGGCACGGCUCACUCCCACUGCAGCCGCUCAGAGAGUAG